AGUAGUGAGACAUGGAGAAAAGAAUUGAGAAACACAAGCUUUCUGAACUUCUCUUUGAUAUAGCAGUCUGGCCUAAAACUUCUACUACAGCUUCAUCAGAUUCCCAGAAUCCUUAUGAUCUACUUGGGAACAUAAGGGUCAGCAAAACCAUAUCAUAUAUUACCCAGCCAUUCUUGUGGAAAUUUUCGGAUGGUGCACUAUGCAAUUAUCCGUUUGGGACAUGUCAGCAGAGGAAGCUCUUUCCUCACUAUUAUCCCCUAACCUUCUUUGGGAACAAGUUUGUUCCUCUUAGAGGAUCACCCCACAGAGGGCCUGGAUGCUACACAAAAGAUAUUUAUGGUUUGGCAUACAGCCUCGCUAAGGUUCCGACCAGUAAAAAAGGAUAUACACUUGGAGCCAGGACAGCCCCAAGAUUUCAAUCAAUCAACAAGAAUGUGACUCCUUACCCAGGCAUGUACCAGGCAGAAUACUCUGAGGAAAAAAAGAAAAAACAGAGUUUUGCUCCAUUUAAUGUCUUUGCACCUCGGUUUAGGGAAGACUCAAAAAACAUUCCUGGUCCUGGUACAUACAACCCAAUUAUAAAGCCACCCGCCAAAAUCACUUGGCCAAUGAAAUUUGGAUCUCCAGAUUGGGCUCAGGUUCCAUGUCUACAGAAAAGAACCCUAAAAACUGAGCUGUCCACAGACAAAGACUUCAGAAAGCACCGGAACCGUGUGGCUUACCUAAGCCUGUAUUACAACUGAGGAGCUGUAACUACUUUCAUGUGCUCCUACAGACCACAAAAUCUCCAGGACUGAGAACAGAGACUGCUGUUCUUCCUCUGAUUUGCCAUGGUCCCCUUCUCAGUCAGCCUGAGGCCCAAGGAGGGGUAAGGGGCUCAUAACUGUUCUGUGAGAACAUAAAGACUAGUUCAGCGUG